UCUCAGCAACCCUCCGUCACUGCUCGCCCCUCUUUGCAAGCAUGUGAGUGCGUCCGGGACCCACGCCUCGCUCUUUCUGGACGUAUGGGGAUCAUUUUGCCUGAAACUUGUUUAAUACCUUAAUUUUUUGAGUUUGAAAUUUUAAACAUCUUUUCCCAAGUAUGUCCAGACGGAAGGUGAGAGGUCUGACCCGGAUGGGGCGGCAGGUGAGCGAGGACCCAGACCUGGACACGCUGUUGUCCACACUCUCCCCGGAGGAGAUGGAGGAGCUGGAGAAGGAUAUGAUGAAGGUGCCUGACAUCAACCCGGAGGACGGCCAAGUUGUCACUCAAGACGACAACAACCGCCGGGACACCAAAAUUUGCCAUAAAGAUGACGCAAUCCAGAUUGAAUCCAAGAAGGAAAGUUGGAAGCAGGAUUACCCGAAGAAGACAGGCCUAAGUCAGGAAUGCAAAGAUGACGCAGGAGUCCAAAGACGAGGAGCAAACGAGGUCAAAGAAGGUGGUAGGGAAACAGAAUCCUCUAAGGACGACCAAAGUCAGCCCCCAGUGGUCGUGAAGGAUGAAUGCAAGGAAAAAACGGCAUGUGAGGACAGCGGGAUGACAGACAGACGGGAGAACCGCGAGAGUAAAACAAAAGACAUGAUCUCUCGGCUGCAGGAGAAAAAGAAAGAAGACAUCCGUAAGGAAGACUGCAGGAGGAGGGAUGACACUAAGACCAAGGACAUCAUCUCUAGGCUCCGCGAGAAGAGUGAGAAGAGCGAGAAGGAAAGCUGUAGGGAGCGGUUGCGGAGAUCCGACAGCUUCAGGACGCAGGGAUUAGUUUCUAGAAUGCUGGAGAAGCAGCAGAGCAAAUCCCAGGAAACUCCUGAGGAGAAGAACCCCCGGGAAGAAGACAAGAAGAAGACUGCUCGCAAGAUGGAACGGCAAGCCUCCGUGAAGGAGAAUGCAACAAGAAGAGAAGAACUGCUCAACCACAGCGAUCACGUGAAGGAGAAAAAAGUAGAAGAGGAGAAAACGGACAACAGAGAAGAACUCCUCAACUGCGUGGCACCGACCGCCAAAACAAAGGCGGAAGAAGGUGCGGACGACGAAGACUCCAGUAUGUUCGACGAGCUCCUGGAGCAGGUCCGAAGCAACGACCCUUCCUUGGUGGAGCUCAAUGUCAACAACUCUGAGGUGAUCAAGACCAAGACGCUGAUGGAGCUGGCCGAAGCCCUGCACCGCAACACCCACGUCAAGAAGGUGGCGCUAGCUAACUGCCGCGCCGAUGACCACGUCGCGUACGCUGUCGCUGGCACGUUACGCCACAACGCCACCGUCACCAGCAUCAACUUAGACUCCAACCAUCUCACCGGCAAGGGCAUCCUUGCCCUCAUCCAGGCGCUUCGCUACAACUCAACCCUCACAGAGCUGCGUUUCCAGAACCAGCGGCACAUCUGCGGAGGCAAGACUGAGAUGGAGAUGAUCAAGGUGCUGAAGGAGAACACUACCCUGCUCAAACUGGGGUAUCACUUCGAGCUGGCCGGUCCUAGGAUGACCACUACGAACAUCUUGAGUCGUAACAUGGACCGCCAACGGCAAAAGCGCUUGCAGGAGCAGAAGGAGGCCAGGGCUGGGAAUGGAACCGACAAGAAGGAUGCGCUGGAGGUGCCCAAACCGGGUGGUGGAAGCUCUCCAAGAAAUUCCACAACAUGGAGCUCCCCAAUGGCGUCCCCGAAACCAUCCCCGAUGCCCUCGCCGAUACCUUCGCCCAAGUUGAGCCCCAAGAGGGGAGCAGGGGCCCCUCCGCCGGCACCGCCGCCCCCACCUGGUGGAGGGCCCCCGCCUCCUCCGCCUCUCAUGCUGGAAGUGGACUCUUUGCGGAACUCUUUGACACCGGUGUCAAGGAGGAGUGUAGACGGGAAGAGUCGAGGCGGGGCCAAGAACUCCAGGGACCAGCUGCUCGCCUCCAUCAGGGGGAGCAACAUCCAACAACUCAAGAAGGUGCCAAUACCCAAGUGGCUGCAGUGAGUUUUCCCUGUGACACGUGGAAUUUAAGAACGUGAGAGAACGGACAUCUCGCCGCAAGGAACUCAAGCCUCCCUCAGGCGAAGGGGCCUUCUCGCGGUACUGAACGACGAGGCCGGCUUUUUACUCUGAAGUCAUCCCCAUGGAAUACUGGACCAAAAGAACCCUUGCGGAUAAUGGCUGCAACAAUGCUUUAUUUUGCGGUCAGGGUUUCAUAUCGCUCUUCGCUGUUCAUUUUUUUGCACUAUUAAUUAUUAUAUGAAGUACAUUAUACUACAUAUUGGCUCAUGUAUGAAUGUGAGUACCUUAGCAACAACUAAAGCAAGACCAACACCCGUUUGUAAUAUUGAACCCUACACAUGAAAAGGAAAUAGAUCCAUCCAAAGUGGGAGGAAAAUAUCAGGGGAAAAAAGCAACCUGACAGCCUGACUUUACCAAACAUAUUAAACCGAACACGUGUGCCUCAUUGUCAACAAAUCUCAGGCAAAGUUGAUUUGGAAAAGCACGUUGAAGCUCGGCAAUAAUUAGGUUAUCAGGAAGUACGAAUCCAUGAGAGUUGUACAGAAUCGUCUGCGCUAUUAUGUAACGUUCUUGUAAUAUAGCUUACUGUACAUGUUAUGACGGCUUGUGUCGAGCUUCCUGUUGAGGGACGUCAAACCUUUUUAAUUCAAAGAUGUCAAGGCACUUCUUUAUUUUUUUUCAAUUUUGUGAUGAUGACACGCAUUGCUUACGGAGUUUGUACGUGUUCAAUAAAAAGCUUUGCUAUGUUGCUAUUGACUCACAAAAUUGAGUUUGUAAGAAAUUUCUCGGCUGUUAACAAAUGUUCAUUUACCCCUCCCAGUCAAAAUGUAUUGGCUGUCAAUGGCAGUCAAUGAGUUAAAAGUUAUUGUUGAAAUAAGUCCACACUUUAUGAGCAGUUGUGUUUUCGGCCUUCAUUUUUUUCCAAAAAUAUUUGAAUAAAAAGAGUAAAUAAUCUGCAACGCUUGUGCUCUUUUUUCAUGUAGAAGAUUGCAAAUAUAG